UUGCCCCUCCCCCAUAACUGCAUGUUGAAGAAGAACGUCAUCAUCUGCCUCAUACAUUUAGCUUUAGCCAACAUUAGCUAGUCGUUCAAAUCAUUGAUACAUCUUCACCCGAAACCAGUGGUUUGAUCUCAACCGACAGCCUACGUACGUAGCGGGUAUUUAUGUGUCGCAGCCCGUGUUCACAGUGCCAAACAUGUAUGUAACAGCCUUGUUCCGGUGCAGAGACAUGCUGAAAGCAGAAGUGAUCGUGUGAUAAAUGCUGGCUAGGCUAGCUUAAUCACAGCUAGCUGACGAGCAGGGGCCGAGAAGAGAAAGUGGCAUUAAGGACGUUAACGAGAGAUAAGAAGCCUGGGAAACAUACCUGCUGCCACCGGAGACACCAGAAGGACUGACAGAGCUAGUUGCUCUCCUACCUGGUAGCAGUGGGUCUCUCUCUGUAGGGCAGAGCCAUGGGUGCAUUCCUGGACAAGCCCAGGACAGAGAAGCACAACUCUCAUGCUGAGGGCAACGGCCUGCGCUACGGGCUGAGCUCCAUGCAGGGCUGGCGGGUGGAGAUGGAGGAUGCUCACACAGCUGUGUUGGGACUUCCUGCUCCCGGUAUGACCGACUGGUCCUUUUUUGCUGUGUACGAUGGUCACGCUGGCUCAAGGGUCGCCAACUACUGCUCUAAGCAUCUUCUGGAACACAUAAUCGGCGCUAGCUUAGGGGCCGGAGGGACCCAAGGCUCCCAUGCUGGUUCAGACAGCUCUGCCACUGACCCUCCAGCACUGGUUCCUCCUACAGUGGAGACUAUGAAAUCUGGGAUCCGGGUAGGCUUCCUGAAGAUCGAUGAGCACAUGCGCAGCUUCUCUGACCUUCGAAACGGAAUGGACCGUAGCGGCUCCACAGCAGUGGGAAUCCUCCUGUCACCCGAUCAUUUCUUCUUCAUCAACUGCGGCGAUUCUCGAGCUGUUCUGUGCCGCAAUUCACACGUGUGCUUCUCCACACUUGACCACAAGCCUUGCAACCCACGUGAGAGAGAGCGCAUCCAGAACGCCGGCGGCUCGGUGAUGAUUCAGAGGGUUAACGGGUCACUAGCUGUGUCGCGGGCCUUGGGGGACUACGAUUACAAGUGCGUGGAUGGCAAGGGCCCCACAGAGCAGCUGGUUAGCCCCGAACCAGAAGUGUUCGAGAUGGUUCGGUCCCCGGACCAGGAUCAGUUUGUGAUCCUGGCGUGUGAUGGCAUCUGGGAUGUUAUGUCCAACGAGGAGCUGUGCGAGUUUGUUAAAUCUAGGCUCGAGGUCACUGAUGACCUGGAGAGAGUCUGCAAUGAAGUGGUGGACACCUGCCUGCACAAGGGGAGUCGGGAUAACAUGAGUGUUGUGUUAGUGUGUUUGCCCAACGCUCCCAAAGUGUCGGAGGAAGCUGUGAGGAAAGACGCUGAGCUCAACAAAUAUCUGGAGUCUCGAGUGGAAGAGAUGCUGUCUCGGCCAGGGGAGGAGGGCUUUCCGGACCUGGUAGCAGUGAUGAGGAACCUGUCCACCGACAUCGGCAUGCCCUCGCUGCCACCAGGGGGAGGCCUUGCCAGCAAACGCAGUGUUAUUGAAGCAGUAUACAACCGUCUGAACCCAUACAGGGAGGAAGAUGGGCCCUCCUGUUUCAUUUGAGCGGAGCCGAGUUGGAGUACCACUGGUAGCUGUCCAGCACAACUGCCUGAUCCCCCCCAAAAAGAAAAACAGGACCACUUUUCCACACAAGAUCACAUCCAUACUCACCUUUUAAUUUCCUCUGGGAUUUUUUGAUUUUUUAUUCCCCCACGCUGAGAGAUCAAUGGAAGCAGAAAUCCUGGUUUUAAAAACAACACACCCCAAUGUGGAGGACUGCAAAACAAAUUUUGUUUUGUAGAACAAAACGGGGAAAAAUAAGAACACCUGCAUUGAUGUCUGAAAGCAGAACUACAUACACACUAUAUACUUUAGAGAGGCAAACAAGCACAGUUUCUCUUGCCUCCUUGUUUUCUCGCUUUCUUUGUGGUGGUUGUUUUUGUUGUGGAUUGACGGAGACACAGGAGCGGCCCUGCUCUGAACGCUCUGGGGCUCUACGGUGCCUUUCUCAGAACCGAGAGAGAAGGGAGGCCCUCACAGCCAGCCAGCCAUUACCGAACCAGUCACUCAUGGACGUUUGUAAUAUACUGAAUAGACUAAAGUGGUUUGUUGGCUGCAUUUUCUUUUGGCAUUAUUUGUUUGGAAGUGUGAACUUUACUUGCACCUGACUGGCAGCCAACCCGACCACACGAGCCUGCGACUCCCCACACACCUCAAGCUAACGCUGUCCAGUUCAGGCAAGCUUGGGCAUUACUGGUACUCAGAUGGAGGCCCCAACACUUCCUACCUGGCUCGUCUCACACAACUCCUGGAUUUAAAACGCCGCUAUCCAAUGACUUCUGGCCUCAAAUUCAUCACCUGAGGCUACACACCAUGAACACAAAGGGGGAGCACUCACAAGAGAACCGAGUCUGUCUGGCAACUCAUUUUAGUUUGGCUCCUCCGUAGUGCGUCCAAACUAAAACAGGACAUGGGCCGGCGUGCCUGGCUGCAGAUAGGAAUUACAUGGAGGUGGUUUAAACUCAAGUGUGAUGGUUCUACUUGCACGUCCCUGCUCACUUUCUCUCCUCCCUGUCUUUGAAUACCCAGACACACCAACCCGACAUCAAAUACACCCAUUUGCGUCUCUUCGGGUCUCCUUUGUCUUGCCCAAAAAGUUUCACUCAAACGCACCGCAAAGACGACAGCCGACAGCCAACCACCACGUACGUUCUGCGCCUGCGUAAGACGAAAUAACUCUCCCUACCAGGAGUCGGCGGUAGUCUGUAUUCAUCAUUCAAAAAGGGAAACCAGCAGAUCUACAAGCCGUUGUUAUGAUACGUACAUGAAACAAAGCGGCGUUUUGCCGAACAUUUUCACACCAGUCUCACUCACCACUUAGCUUCAUUCCAGACGGCCGUGUUGCUGUGAAAAUAUCCGUGUGUUGGAAUGAUCAGAUGAGAUGAAGAUGAAAUAUGAGAGGAGCCUUCUGUGUUUUUCCUCUCGACUUUACUCGUUGGCUUGCUUUACUCACUUCCGUUUCUCUUCUCGUGCACUGAUUCGUUUAAGCUGAACAGCCAAUCAGAGGGAUUUCUCUCACCGGCGAGCUCCGCCGCCGAUUCAACAUGCUGAAUUGGGCGGAAAAAAGUCGGACGCGGGCAGACGAGAGCCGACGGUCAGGACACACCACAAAAACUAGGCCGACACCAACGGCCCCAGAAUGUCCGACUGUCAGCUUGGUGUGUCAGGGCCUUUAAAGGAUGUCAUCAAACAGUUGAUUUCUCACUCUUCCUCCUCUGUCUCUCUCUCUCUCUCUCUCUCUCUUUUCGCUUUCUCUGACUCUUCAUAUGACAGAAGAGACUCGGCUGUCAUUUGCAUCGGCAAACAUCGCCAGAAUCACAAGCUUUUGAGCUGUUGAGAUAGAAAGAUAGAAAUUAUAUAUUAAAUUCAUAUAUAUAGAUAUAUAUAUAUAGAUAUAUAUUUUGAUUUGUUUGUUUCAUCUUAAUUCCCAGCCAUGGUAUUCAUUGUGGCCUAAUGUGCGUGUGGUCUGCGUGUGUGCACGUUUUGUGUGUAGACAAAUUAAAACCCCAAACAAGUUCGCACACAGUGUUCCCACACAGCAGCGUUCCAAAGACAGGGUUUAGGGAUAAAUUCCAGCCUCUCCGUCUUCUCCUUAUCCUUCUCCUUCUCCUUCUCCUUCUCCUUCUCCUUCUUCUUCCCCCUUUCUCCUCAACACACACAAUCCUGCUUGUGCUACGGCGUACCUUUUUCUAUCUCUCAAAUAUCAUACGUAAAAAAAAUAUUCCUUUUUUUUGUUUUUAUUGAAAUAAUUCCAUCAUUUACCUUGUUUUUUUUUUAAUGUUUUUUUGGUAUAUAAGGCUUUUUCAGAGUACUGUGGCUGUGGUCCUUUUAGAUGGAUACGAAAACGACAAGGGGAGCAUGAAAUAUACCUUGUACAGCAGAUUGGGAGAGAGAAGUAGGUGUUUCACUGUAUGAAGUAAAGCAAGGACGCCGUAGGGACAGACCAGAACAGGCCCUACACCCAGAGCCCGCGUUCACACCAUCACUGAAAUCGCUGUCCGUCAUUUUUUUCCACAGCUACCUUCGUAGACUUUGCCUCAAAGGCACAGGGCGGUCGCUGGGGGAAGCCCUGGUUUGACUCUUUGGAUCGA